CUCGAGCUGCCCUGCUUGGGUGACGGUUGGGGGUUGAGUAGUAUCAUCGAGCAGAGUGCAGGGGGAGCCUUGCGCUUGCUUUUCAAGCCGACCAACCAGGCAGCUACCAGUCACCAGCUCUCUCCCUCCUAACCAAGGUUGAGGACAGUACUCGUACAGAUACGUACACAUACACAUUCACAUCCACACACAUCCUCAUCCUCUGCACGAAAGGGAAGUCUAUACGCUGCCAGCCUCUCUUGGGCACGAAUCUCCAAGCAGAACAACCCAAUCUCAGCCGAUCACCAAUUCACCCAUCCAGCCUUGCGAGAGCAAUUGGAACUGCUUCGUCCAUUGAGCCGCAUGAUAAUCGACCCGACCAUUCCCAACCCAAAACUGUGGCCAGCCGUUCCCCUUCGUUUCACCCGACACCGAAAUCCUGUCUUCAUCUUCGUGCAAAAGCCACUCACCCACUUAUCGAUACAUGCGUUGACAUCUCGAGUAACAGCCUCGCCCACACCCCAAUCGUUUGAAUAGAUGGCUUAUGACGCCGCUGGUCGCCUCCGAGGCAACGGUGACCCGGGCUAUUUCGAAUCGAGAGAUCCUUAUGCUUUUUCUGAUUACAACAGCGCAUACCCUGACGACGAGCCACGAGAUAAUAACCCCUCCUCUCGUCGCCGAGACCGAGAAGAUCGCUCGCGAGCUUCUCCUCUCCACCACGACAGAAUAACCUCAAGCACCGAUCGCUUUGAAGGGGCGAGUAUGGAUGGCGUAUCUCCAGAGGUGAUUGCGGCGCUGAGGGAGUCUCUGACGGAGCAGAUUACCGAAAGGGUAAAGAAAGAACGUAAGUUGCAUCCAUUAACAAAGCAGCCUUGAAACAUUCUAACACAUGUGCGCCCGGUGUAGUGGUGGAACAUUUAAAGCAAACAGGCAGCGUAGACGGACAAACGAGAGAUGAAAAUAUGCAAAGGGAACACUCACGAUCAAGCUCCUCUCCCUCCCCACCUCCCCGCAGAGUUUAUACUCCUCCUUCUCCCAUACAAUCCACCAGAACUGCAUACGGUCCACCUCCACCAAUGGAUUCUAGAAAGUCCCCACUUGUUAGUCCUCUAGAGAAAUCCUCUGGGGUACGAUUCUCCGACCGAGAGCCACGAACUCGUCCUGCUCCCAGUGGUCGAACUUACUCUACCGUCGAACUGUCCACAAUUGAUCAAAAAUGGGGCCGGUUGUUCGAUAAUCAUGGCACACCUACACAGCGGCUGGGCGCGUUCUUGAGGGGCCUGGCGAAUCAUAUCGUAGGUACUGUGCAAACAUGAGAAGCUUCAUUUUUAACAACUUUGCCAGGUUGAUGAUUUUAGCCCCAAGAAGAGCAUAGUGGUAACACCAGCCAAACUCGCAACCUAUUACUCAAACUAUUCCGUGGGCGAGUCACUCGAGCCGCAUCCAUUUCUCAGUAAGUUAAAUUGUCAUUACAUGUGAACAUUGACUUAUUGUAUCCGCCAGCUAUUUUCCGGGUACAAGCCAACGAACAGAUAUCACAACUCUAUCGAGAUAUUGGUUGCCAACACCAUCUAGUUCAAGAUGAUUUCCGGAACGAACCAACAAUUCCGGCACUGACACCCCUUGGUUUCGCACAUUUCAUGACUGUCAUUAUCCUGGCAUACCCCGGAGUGGAGUGGAAGAGACUUGAAAUGGUUGUCAAGGAUUUACCAAUCGACGCAGAUGGUGCCAUGGUAGAUGGAAAACCCGAACGUUUACCCAAGCAAAUCUCUCGCCACCUUCUGCCGGAAGGAGAGGAUUCUGAUUCGAGAAAGAUGCUCGACGACGCUGUGAGAUACUUUUACGAGAAUUUGGGAACAAGCAAAAAGUCCAAACCAACGAUAACAAGUCCGUCUCUCAGCCGGCAUUCUUCUACGACACAAGCAAAUCAGUCGAACGCCAAAUCGCAGCCUAUUGAGAGGGAACGGAAACCUUAUGCAGGCACUCCAUCAACAUCGGCUAUCAAAGAAGAGGCUGUAAAGAUUGAGCGUGACCGUCAGCCCUACAGUGCUCAGCCAGGGAAUGGCAAGGUUCACGAAGAACCUAACCAGGGUACCAAAGCAAAACUGGGCCGGGCAAAUUCCACGAGCCGUACCAAAGAUAUCCCAGACACCUCAGAUGCACGACAUCAUCGAACACAAAGUACAACGAAUUCCAAUUACACGUCACUACCACGUGAGCGUGUGCAACCAAAUGCUCGAAGAAACAAUAGCCCACCUUUGAGGAGUUUCAGAAAUUCCGAACCUAUAGAUCUCAACGCGGGUACAAAUUAUAGUGUUCCACCUCCCCCACCACCCUCCGCGAGUUUUGUGCCACCCUACAACCAAUCUUCAUUUUCCACAUAUAACACAGGACCAUCCACUUCAUUCCCGCCACCCCCACCACCUAUUGACAUCCGCCAUCGCUCGUCAAGGGAUGAGCGGGAUUACCCUCCGGAUUCCCCUGACGAUUCCAGAUUUGCAAAUGGCGAAUUCAAUUCUCCUCGUGAUGCUGAGCGUUAUGAUCGCUACCACGAUGGCCGAUCGAGUGAUACAUCUGACCACUAUGGUAUCCCUUAUGAACGCGGGUCUGUCACCAUUGACCCCGAAGAACGUGGAGCGCCGGUGGAAGAAUGGUAUCGAGAUACCUCUAGGGGACCGGGGUACUACGGUACUAGAGGGAAUGGAUAUUGAUCCUUUCUUGCACUUACCAAGACUGAUUUUACGCUAAUUUAUUUAAUGUUGGUGAUGGGUAUGUAUACCCUGUCACUAUGUUCUUAUUUUUAAUUCUUUUCUUGCUUUUUCAUGAUACGAUGAGAUAAAAUGAGAGAUGUGUAUUUGACGGCAGUUUGAUUAUUUGAUUUUCUAGCAUUCGAGAUACCAGAUACCGUUUUUUUCUCAUUUGCAAUUUCUUCUUCUGCUAUUUGAAAUGAUUUUCUGAUUUCGUUCUUUUCUCUUUGAUUGGGGGCUGGUACCAGGAUGGUUGAUCAUUUUUACAUGGGGGGGUUAACGUUUUGUGAGGAAAAGUUUCGUUAGGGGAUUUUGGGGCUGGUGAGUGGGUCUGUUAUGGGGUAUAAUGGGUAUAAUGGGUAUGUUGGGAUUCGUUUUAGGAUGAUAUGAUAUGAUAGGAUGGGAUAUGAUAGGUAGCUAGUUGAUGAGAAUGCGAAAUGUGG